ACCAUUCUUCUCUCCUCUUCUACCUCCGGAAGAACGAACCAAUCCGUCUCUCCUUUGAGACCCCCUUUGAUUCGGAACUUCCGAUUUUCUCUCCUUCUUACAGGGCAAUGGCAUCUCAUAUCGUUGGUUAUCCCCGUAUGGGACCCAAGAGAGAGCUGAAAUUCGCUCUUGAAUCAUUCUGGGAUGGCAAGAGCAGUGCUGAGGAUUUGCAAAACGUGUCUGCUGAUCUCAGAUCAUCCAUCUGGAAACAGAUGUCUGAUGUUGGCAUCAAGUAUAUCCCCAGCAACACUUUCUCUUACUAUGACCAAGUUCUUGACACCACUACCAUGCUCGGUGCCGUCCCCCCAAGAUACAACUGGAACGGUGGUGAAAUUGGUUUUGACACUUACUUCUCAAUGGCCAGAGGAAAUGCCUCUGUCCCUGCUAUGGAAAUGACCAAGUGGUUCGACACCAACUACCAUUUCAUUGUCCCCGAGUUGGGCCCUGAUGUGAAAUUCUCGUAUGCYUCCCACAAGGCUGUGAACGAAUACAAGGAGGCUAAGGCACUUGGAGUUGAUACCGUCCCGGUCUUUGUUGGCCCAGUCAGCUACCUAUUGCUAUCCAAGCCAGCAAAGGGUGUUGAAAAAACUUUUGAUCUUCUAUCCCUUCUYGACAAAAUCCUUCCAGUCUACAAGGAAGUUAUUGCCGAAUUGAAGGAAGCUGGUGCGACCUGGAUCCAGUUUGAUGAAGCUACCCUUGUGAAGGAUCUUGAGCCCCACCAAUUGCAAGCUUUCACCAAGGCUUACUCUGAGCUAGAAUCAACUUGCUCUGGUCUUAAUGAUCUUGAGAAGGCUGGAAUCACAGUCAUCCAAAUUGAUGAGGCUGCUUUGAGAGAAGGAUUGCCAUUGAGGAAGGCUGAGCAUGCUUUCUACUUGGACUGGGCUGUCCACUCUUUCAGAAUCACCAACGUCGGAGUCCUGGACACCACCCAGAUCCACACCCACAUGUGCUACUCUAACUUCAAUGACAUCAUCCACUCCAUUAUCAACAUGGAUGCUGAUGUGAUCACCAUCGAGAACUCGCGAUCUGAUGAGAAGCUUCUGUCAGUGUUCCGUGAGGGAGUUAAGUACGGUGCUGGAAUCGGGCCCGGUGUGUAUGACAUCCACUCUCCAAGAAUACCAUCCAUGGAGGAGAUUGCCGACAGGGUCAACAAAAUGCUUGCAGUCUUGGAGACCAACAUCUUGUGGGUGAACCCUGACUGUGGUCUGAAGACCCGUAAGUACGGUGAGGUCAAGCCUGCCCUCGAGAACAUGGUUACCGCCGCCAAGAAGCUCCGAAGUGAGCUUGCCAGUGCCAAGUGAGAGAAGAGUUUGGGUAUGAGGAUGAGGUGAAAAAUUGAUGUUGCAGUAAAGAAAUAACUGAUUGUUGAUGAUUUGGGUAGGUUUUUCCAUAUAGUGGCAUCUGCUUGUUUGGGGAUGUCAUUUUGUUUAAUCUUGUUUUUGUGGCUUUUUGUUGAAAAUAUUGUUGAGGGCUUUUGCAUACCUCCAUUCAGUGAAAAUCUAAAGAAAGAUACAAUUGCUAUCCAUUCCAUCC